AUGCCAGUCCAACGCAGCCUCUUCGGCAAGCCUGUGCCAGCAGUGCCUCCUCGCAGAAUGGCAGUGCUACUCGGCACCAUUGCUAUAUUCGCAGUAGUCACACUCCUUUUCACAUUACCGAAUUCCAUGCCUUCUGGCCCGUCCUUGAGCAAGUACACCGAUCACAAAAUAUCCCUACCCAAGCUCCCACAACAGUUCUCGCCCAGCAUCCUGCAUCCAUUUCGACAAGCAGCACAUGCUCCACCGAUUCGAAAGAACAGCACCGAUGGGGAAUCAAAAUGGUUCGCCAAUUGGAACUGGCUCAGUCCAUUCUCCUCGUCGGUGACAUUGGACGAAAACCGUUCCCUUCUGCCACCUCUCGUCCACCGCCCUCCCAUUUACACAUAUUAUGACAAUCUAUCAGUGAAAGAUGCUGGUCUGAAGGAAGCACAGAAUGCCAUCCUUCUCACCUGGAGAAGGGCAUGGUGGGCGCAGGGAUUCAAACCUAUAAUUCUUAGUUCCGCGGAAGCUAUGAACAAUCCAUUAUAUGCUGAAGUUCAAAGAAGAAACCUAAGCGAUACAUUGCAGGUGGAUCUAUCAAGGUGGCUUGCUUGGGAAAACAUGGGAUCCGGAAUUUUGUGUAGUUAUGUAACUCUUCCAAUGGGGCCACAGGAAGAUCCGCUUUUGACGUUUUUACGCAAUGGCAAAUAUGUCAAGUUGACCAGAUAUGAGGGCUUGGGCAAUGGAUUGAUUGUUGGUCCCCAAUCUGCCGUCACAGCAGCGUUGAAGGAAGCUCUUGAGAACAAGGAAUUGUUGGAAAAGGUAAAGGACUUCAUCGGUGCAAUUGAUGCAAAAUCUACGGUAUUCGAGAUUGACCCAAGUCAUACCUCACUGGCUGCGUACGACGAGAAAUUGGUCAAGGAUAAAUAUCCCAAGAUUGGAACCGACAUCGAGACACAUCCUGCAAAGGCUCUACAUGAGUUGAACAAACUUAUGACUGCCCACCUCCAUAGUACAUGGCAAAAUCGAUUCUCUUCUGGGAUUGCAGUCAUGAAACCGAAUCCUACGCAUAUGUCUGCGGCCAUUGCCCCGGCUCGUAGACUUGCUGAGUUUCUUGCUCAAUGUCCUGUUUCGCCUUUACCAGCGUCAUGCCCGCCUAAUUUGCCAAACUGCAAGCCAUGCGUCUCGGCUACUCCACUUCUCAUUUCCACUCCCCAGCACUACAAGAAUACGUCAACACUCUACACAAUUGGCACAGUUCCUCAUCCUUAUACUAUGGCAGUCCUGACUUCCUUCCGCGAUAACAUCGACACUAGAUGGAUUCGAAGAGAGUCGGAGCGUGAUCCAUGGCUUACACUUCUCACAAAGGAAAAUUUGGGCACAGGAGUUUCUGGGGCACCACGAGUCAUCACAUUCAAGGAGGCAGUUGCCGGUGAUCAUGGAAGAUUUCACUCCCUCUGGGUUACAGCCGAGAAAGAUAUCCCACAAGAUCUGGAUUGGAACUUUGGAUUUACCAUUCCUCGAAAUGUCACGGACAAUGGGAAAUCCGAAACUCCUGUUCCCGGACCAGAGAGACGACCAAAACCAACUCCGGAUCCAAAAGAUGGACCAAUUGCAAGCGAAGAAGACAUCUUGAAGGAAGAGCAAUUAUUAAAACGAUCCAAGGAAUUCGGUAUCGCAAGAACCAAUGACGAAGAAAGAAUUCGCGGUGCGAUUGAAGCGUGGAAUCUUGCAGAUACCGAAGCCUGGAGAUUCGCAAGAGCGUUCUUGGCUAGAAGUAGAGUUGAACGGCUACAAUGGGAAGAGGAAGAGAGGAAAUACGCCGGUGGUGCGGGUGCUGAGAAGGGGAAAUAA